GUAAGUUAAAACACAAGAAUGGGGACAAAUAGUUUAAGAUUCAGCCUAAAACAAUAUUGAGGUCUAAUCAGGCUGUCUUAUUUUGUAUAGGGACAGGUAACCAUGAAAAGGAAGGGAGAUAUUGCAGACUUUUUUGUAAAGAGGCACAAAUCAGGCCCAGAUCAGGCCCAGGCAGACCCCACCCCUAAAACCAGCAGCCCUGGCAGCUCUCAACCGGGAGCUAGCCAGGCAAGUCAGUGUGAGCAUAGAGAAGGAUCCAGUCUACCACCACCAGGUCAGAACACACAGGCAGUAAAUUGCAUCUCCAGUUUAUUGAAAAGUGAAGCCUCACACUGUAACAAAAGACAUCAAUAAUGACUGGCCAGACCUGUGGAGUGCUAAACAAACAGAAGACUUCAAAUCCAAGAACCCCUGGUUGGGAUCCAAAAACAAAAAAUUGGGAUGUCUGGUCUGUAGCAGUGUGAACUCCAUUGGGAUCGACAAGGAGCAAGGACAAGGUGUAUCGCUCUCAAGAGAAUGGAUGAACUUUGAAAUUCAAGUGUCUGGCCAGGGAAGUAGAACAACAAGUUUGUCAAUCUUGAGAAAUAAGGUGAGGAAACAUGCGUUGUCCAAGGCCCACACUCAGGCUGUGAAGGUGGCAGAGCAACAGAAAGAAGCUGCCAUUGAGAAUGCAGUGGAGACUAUGACUGAGUCCUACAUGAAGGAAACUGAAGCUGUGUUUCGAACAGCCUACCAUCUGGCCAAAAAGAACCGACCCUUUUCUGACCAUGAGAGCCUCAUUGAGCUGCAGGAACUGAAUGGUGUAAAAAUGGGCUCAAUACUUCAUUCACGUUACAGUGCAACACAAAUAAUACAACAUGUUGCUAGUGAGAUGCAGAGCAAAAUCAUCAGUAGCAUUAUAGCAUCAUCCAGUAAGUUAGCUGUCCUAAUUGACGAGGCAUCUUCUUUAAGUCACAAAGCUGUCAUGACAGUUUCUAUUAAAGCAUCAAUUCAAGAAGAAAGCCCUGAGUUCAUAUUCCUGGAACUUGUUGAACUGGAAAAUCAGAGAGCAGAUGGCAUAUUACAGGCGUUACUCACCUGUUUAACUAAUGCUGGCUUUACAGAAGAGUGGCUUCAUGAAAACUGGGUAACAUUUGUAUCUGAUGGAGCCAGUGUCAUGCUAGGAAAGAAGUCAGGAGUAGCAACCAGACUGACUUUGAGAUUCCCAAAGCUUUUUGUAUGGCACUGCAUGAACCAUAGACUUGAACUUGCUGUGUCAGAUGCAGUUGAUGAGGUAAACUCUGUCAAUCACUUUAAAACUUUUAUCCAGAAGCUAUACUCUCUGUAUAGUGUGUCAAACAAAAAUGAACGUGAACUUGUUAAUGCAGCAGCUGAAGUAGGCUCACAACUUCUUCGCAUUGGCAGAAUCUUGGAUGUACGCUGGGUGGCCAGUAGCUUUCGGACUGUUCGUGCUGUUUGGACAUCCCUGGGAGCUCUUGUGCAGCACUUUAAAAAUGCUUGCAGUGAUGAGAUGAGGUCCACCAAAGAGAGGCAGAUGUACAGAGGUUUGUUAGACCGUGUUCAAAGUCCAGAAUUCAUUUGUGACCUUGGCCUCAUGUACGACACUCUCCAUGAACUAAGUCUCCUGUCACAGGAGCUUCAGUCUCGUUCUAUAACGCUCCUCAGAGCAGAGCAUCUGCUGAAACGCUCAAUCAGAGUGAUCCAGUCAUUCAAAGAGAGUCCAGGUGAGAAAUAUAGUGAGGCUUUAGAAGCAAAACAGACUGGGGAGUAUCGGUCUAUAGCCCUGAAAACAAAUGCAAAGCUGAAGUCUAUCAAUCCAGGCCAGUUCUUACAAAGCCUUGUGAACAAUCUGGAGAAACGCUUGUCUUUUGAAGAUGAGACCAUCAUGGACCUCAGCAUCCUUGAUCAGAGUAAGUGGCCAUCAAAGCCCAGCAUCCGCCAUGGUGAAGAACAAGUUAAGCGACUGUGCAAGCGAUUUAACUUGUGCACAGACCAAGCACUGAAUGGGAUGCGGGACCUACUGGAAGAGCCCAGUAGUGAGCCCAAGGACCUAAAACCACUUAUGAACUGUAUGAAAACAUUCCCUGUCGGUACAGCAGAGUGUGAGAGGAAUUUUAGCCUUAUGAACAAUAUAAGCUCAGACAAGAGGGCUGUCCUUCUGAUCUCAAACAUAUCAAACUUGAUGAUGAUUAAUAUCAACGGCCCACCAACUUCCAAGUUUGAGCCUAGAAAAUAUACAAGGACCUGGUUGAAGAGCCAUCGUGCUGCCUCUUCGGUGCGUUCUAGACAGUGCAGUGUGAAAGCUCCUGCAGAAAGCAAAUUUGUCUGGAAUAUACUGUAGUAUGAGCAAAGGUCAGAAACCCAGUGCUGGGUUGAGAGAGUAUAUCACUGUUGAUGUGUUGUUAAUGCAUAUAUUUUUGUUAAUUGUUAACUAAAUAUUGUUGUAACAUAUUUUGUUGAAUGAUUUACCGGUAAAUGAACAUGUUCAAAACAAAGCAUAUAGCAAUAUGAACAAGGAUGCAUUGUCACCUUCAGAUUUGAAGUAUUUUAUUUAAAUAAAUGUGCAAAAAAUAAUCGAAA